UUGAUUAGUUUCAAACAUUCAACUCGGACCGGGGAGAUUGUGAACAAGUUAUCAGUUUUGGUUUUCAGUAAUUUACCCUUAUCAGAACUGAUUUCCUUAUGUGGUCAGUUUUCUUUUCAGCUAAAUUGUAGCUUGGUAUCUGAACUAUUGGACGGCACGUGGGACUUCAACUCCCCUGAUGGUCAGUGUUGUACAGCACAGCGAUAUCUCCUCCCCCAAUGCUGUGCUCUCAUUUCAUUAGUGAGCGAGCUGGCAGCAGCUAUGCUCUGCCUGUGCUGAUGUCAUCUCUAGGAGUCUCCUCUACUUCUCUCCGAGUAUCCCUCCUCUCUCUCUCUCUUUGCUAGAUGUCUGAGCAAGUGAGGGUUUGUCUAGGGAGGUCAGUGGACUAGAUGGAACUCCUUCUGUCUUGGGAUCAGUGCAGUGAGAGUGAGAGAAACGGUGCUUUCAUGGCUGGAUCUUUUUGCCCUACCAGGCAUCCAUCCAGCCUUUCUGCUAAUGCAUCAUAGCCGUAAAGGGAGUGGGCCAUGGAGAUUGACAAACAACAACACAGCAAAGACUCCGUCUUCUUCCGUGAUGGAGUGCGUAUGGUUGAUUUUGUCCUGUCCUAUGAUGAAGACAAAGAUGCUGAGAGAAAACAGGAGAGGAGGAGGCUGUAUGAGGCCAAUCUAGUGAAUGUCGGCCUGGAGCUGGAGACAGAAGAUAAAUCGGAGUCAGAAGACGGAAAGACUUAUUUUGUGAAGAUCCACGCUCCAUGGGAAGUGUUGGCCACCUACGCAGAUGUGCUGAAGGUUAAGGUCCCGUUCAAGGCCAACGACAUCCCCGACAACAGCGCCAUGCCGAUGAACUGGCUGUUCACCCCUUUCCGUCUGCCGGAGCACAUCAUGCACCCCCAGCCCGACUAUUUCACAGCCCCCUUUGACAAGAGCAAGUCUGACUUCUUCCUUAUUGACAACAAAGAUACGUUCUUCUCGCCUUCCACUCGCAACAGGAUCGUCUACUACAUCCUGUCCCGCUGUUCGUACUUCAGGGAUGGAUGUGGAGAUAAAGACAAGAAGGGGAUCAAGAGGUUACUCAACAAUGGCACCUACACUGCUGCCUUCCCUCUGCAUGAUUCUAGAUACUGGACCAGAUCGAAGGACGCUAACUGCGAAAGUGACAGAUACAGUCUCCACAAACACUGGGCCAGAUUCUUCUGUUUCUUCAAGGAGCAGCCCCUCAAUCUUAUACGGAAGUAUUAUGGGGAGAAGAUAGGUAUUUAUUUUGCAUGGCUGGGCUUCUACACUGAGAUGCUGUUGUUUGCUGCAAUAGUUGGGACGAUUUGUUUCGUCUAUGGAAUCCUCACUUACGAUGACAACGAGUGGAGUAAAGAAAUCUGUAGUGAGGAGGUUGGCGGGAAUAUUGUCAUGUGCCCGUUGUGUGACAAGAAGUGUGGCUACUGGAAACUCAACACAACAUGCAGCUCCUCAUGGCAAUCUCAUAUGUUUGACAAUGUGGGGACAGUGUUUUUCGCCAUAUUUAUGGGGAUUUGGGUGACGCUGUUUCUGGAGUUCUGGAAAAGGCGGCAGGCUCGUCUUGAGUACGAAUGGGAUCUGGUCGACUUCGAGGAGGAACAACAGCAGCUUCAGCUUCGGCCAGAGUAUGAAACCAAGUGCACCAACCGCAAGCUGAACCGCAUCACUCAGGAAACGGAGUGGGUCCUUCAAAGGACGUCUACAGAUUUAUUGGGGAAGUUGUUUCUGUGCUGGGCCACAGUGAUACUCUGGAUCUCAUUGAUCAUCGCCUGCAUCAUCGGUGUGAUUGCGUACCGCCUGGCGGUGUACGCCGCCUUCGCCAGCAUCAUGAAGGACAGUGCCACCACCAACAUCCAGGUGGUUGGCCGCUUCAUCACGCCACAGCUGGCCACUUCUGUCACCGCCUCUUGCAUCAACUUUGUCAUCAUCAUGAUCCUCAACCUCAUGUAUGAGAGAGUGGCUGUUUGGAUCACUGACAUGGAGAUUCCCAAGACCCAUCUGGAGUAUGAGAACAAACUGGUGGUGAAGAUGUUCCUCUUCCAGUUUGUGAACUACUACUCCUCCUGCUUCUACGUGGCUUUCUUUAAGGGCAAGUUUGUCGGCUAUCCUGGAAACUAUGCGUAUAUGUUUGGCAGCAAACUAAGGAAUGAAGAGUGUGACCCUGGGGGCUGUCUGAUUGAGUUGACCACCCAGCUGGUGAUAGUGAUGACUGGUAAACAGGUGUGGGGUAACAUCCAGGAGGCUCUGGUCCCGUGGCUGAUGAACUGGUGGGGCAGCAGGAAGGCCCGAAACCACCCAGAGAGCCUGUACAGCCGCUGGGAGCAGGACCACGACCUGCAGUGCUUUGGGAACCUGGGCCUCUUCUACGAGUACCUGGAAAUGGUUAUCCAGUUUGGUUUCAUCACACUGUUUGUCGCCUCCUUUCCUCUGGCACCCCUGCUGGCACUUAUCAACAACAUCAUCGAGGUUAGAGUGGAUGCCUGGAAGCUCACCACUCAGUAUAGACGUCCUGUGGCAGCAAAGGCUCACAGCAUCGGAGCCUGGCAGGAAAUCCUCAAUGGGAUGGCCGUACUCUCUGUGGUCACUAAUGCGUUCAUUGUGGCCUUCACCUCUGAUAUGAUCCCUCGGCUUGUGUACAUGUACGCUUACAAGCCAGAAGGUGAGAUGAAUAUGAAAGGCUACAUAAACAACAGCCUGUCUGUGUUCAACAUCUCUGCGAUCCCACUGGACAACAAGCCUGACGAUGGGGAGAGCCCUUCCUGGUACAACAGCUCCAUCACGAGCUGCAGGUACCGUGAUUACCGCUACCCUUCUGGCCAUGACAAGGAGUACUCCCACACCAUGCAGUUCUGGCAUAUUCUGGCUGCCAAGUUGACUUUCAUCAUUAUUGUGGAGCAUGUUGUGUUUGUGGUCAAGUUCUUCGUGGCCUGGUUGAUUCCUGAUGUUCCCUCUGACGUGAGGGCUCGUGUCAAGAGAGAGCGCUACCUGGUCCAGGAGUACCUCCACAACUACGAGGUGGAGAAACUGAAGAUCCAACUCAGCCAAAACAGCCUCAGUGAUUGUUCCUGCACGCCCAUGAUCUAUCCGUCUAUACCCAAACACGAGGUGCUGUCAGAGUGUCUCUAGCCCAGCGAGCUGCUACUCAAUCAGCUGGACAGGAUGGGAGGACAAUAGGACAUGUUAGUGUAGAUUCCCCUGCUUGUGUAUUAUGAUACUGACCACCACUUUGCUCUAGUGCAUGUGUGGUUUGUUCAACACACACACACACACACACACAUAUGCGUACACACAUGUAUUUAACUUUCAUUAAGGAGCUGGUGUUUCCUUACUUCACAGCGAACACAUGCAUGCUGAAAAACAUGUAAUAUUUAUGGCUUUUCACUCGAUGUUGGAUCCAAAGUGCUGAUGUAGAAAUAUUUGCUGUAAGGUCAGGAAGGAGGAAGAAAAUUGUAUACACUGUGUCUAAGCCAGACAACUUACUCUUAUUGUAAUGGAAGUCUAUUUAUUUAUGUGCCACUAUGAGUAACCAAAGACUUGAUGCCUUACUACAUCACACAUGUAUCAUUGGUUCCAUCUUUUAUAACAAUUGGUAUCAUUUACAAUCUGAAAGCUUGCUUUUUAAGAAAUUUAUGAAGCUUAUGUUUAAUUCUUCAUUUUUUUUGUACUGCAAAAACAAAUUGAAACAUUGUUUUUUUUUUGCAUGAUAUCUUCACCUCACUGGCAGUUAAUAGGCAGGUUGCAUUGCGCUUUAAUCUCAUAACCGCCCAGCAGUUCCUGGAGGCUAAAGUCUGAGGUGUGAAGAACUCUUCAUGGAGACAAAUCUGUGCAGCUGUUAGUACUGUGAGUCGGUCAGAUUGUGUCCAGUUGUUGAGCGUGGCUGUCGACAGUGAGUGAAGGGAUCCCUUUUUAAUGUGCCUCUGUUUACCAACACGUCGGCGCUAAUGAAAGCCUGCCCCUGCCGACUGAACUAUGUUUGCUCUCUCACACAAAGCACAUCCAGUUCCUGUGCUUGUUUUCCUUAGCUGUGUCUGUCGUGAAGGAAGGAAAAACAUUCUAAUUUUUUUGUUGUUUUGCACAAAGCACUUAAUGAAACGUAACUACCAAGACAUGAACACGUGCGUUUAAUUGUUGUCAUGGCACUACAUAUUCAAAUUCAGUGUUUUUAAAGUGUGAUCCGUUCAUUUAAAGUCUAAAUUAUAUAUUUACAUCGAGCUUAAAUGACAACAAGGAGAAAGAUGUCGCGCUUCUUUUUGAAACCAUAUAAAGGAUAUUUUUUGUUUAUUUGGCUGCCUACAUAGAAAUAUGUGAAACAAAUCUGUUGUUGAAGAUUUCUAAUUUUAGGUUUAAUAGCUGGAUAGCUGUGCUACAAACUCAGGCAACUAAAUCUGUUUAAGAUGUGUGUAUGACCACAUCGGGAGCAAUGUGAUCCAGUUUGCCUUUUCAUCUGCUGAGCUGAACUCUGCUUGAUGCCUUAUUACAUAUAUAAUAACUUGUGUUUUCUAUUUUAUUUCCUUGUAUCUUAUGUAUUCUUCUCAUGCUUCAGUAAUAUUUCAUUUAAUAGUGUGCUUGGAAAAAAGGUGAGCCUUUUUACUGUAUGCUUGAAAUUACAAUUUGAUGUUUUCAUCCAUUUGUUUCAGUCAUUUUUUAAAUUGUUUCUGUAUCCACAUGUGUAUAGUAAACAAAGACUAAAUAAAGUACCAGUUCAUCUUGA